CUUUCUUUGUCCCUUCCUUAGCUUAGGUGUAGUUUUGUUGUUGAUUUCUAAGUUGCUGGUUGUUUAGGUUAGGCCUUUCUCUCUCUCUCUCUCUCUCUCUUGCAAUUCCCAUCACCAUUGGAGGAACCCAAGUUUCAUAAUUGGUGCAGGAGGAGACAAUGCUGGUUCCUCCAUGGCUAGAAAGACUGCUGAAGACGGACUUCUUCAGUGUCUGCCGGACUCACGGCGACGCCGCCCGGAGUGAGUGUAACAUGUAUUGCUUGGACUGCAAUGUGGACGCCUUCUGCUUCUACUGCCGCUCAUCCAAACACAAGGAUCAUCAAGUCAUUCAGAUAAGGCGAUCUUCGUACCAUGAUGUGGUGAGAGUUUCGGAGAUUCAAAAGGUUUUGGACAUAAGUGGAGUGCAGACGUAUGUAAUAAACAGCGCGAGGGUUUUGUUUCUGAAUGAAAGGCCUCAGCCUAAGGGUGGGAAAGCCGUUUCUCAUGUCUGUGAAAUCUGUGGGAGGAGCCUCUUGGACACCUUUCGUUUCUGUUCUUUGGGAUGUAAGGUUGUAGGAAUAAAGAGGAACGGUGAUGCAAGGUUUAGAUUGGAUGUGAUGCAAAGAUCAGGAGAGGGGGUAUCAUCAUCAUCAUCAAGAAGAGUGAAUAAUAAUGUGUCAAUAUCAUCAUCAUCGAGAGAAGAUCUGGUGGAAGAAUUGCGUGAAGGGUCACAACAAGACAUAUACCCGCCCACACCUCCUCCACCUCCUUCUACUGCAACUGCAAGAAGAAGAAAGGGCAUUCCUCAAAGAGCACCUUUUAGGUCCUAAUUCUUUCUUUCUUUCUUUUCUUUUAAAACUAAACUCAUAUUUUGGGGUCCCUAAUUGUCCCCAACAAAAAGCAAUUCUAGGUAGCAUUUCAUUGAGGGGGUGUUGGGUAGGGUGGGGUUUGGGGGUCUUAGGGAGUGUACAAAAACACCCACCACCCUAUCAGAUUGGAUUUUUUAUUCCAAAUCCU